AUGGCAGCUGCACAUGGAGAUAUCAGCCACUUGCUGCCUCUCAACUACAAGCGUCUGAUAGCAACAUGGCUUGAGGAGGACUGCCCAAGUUUCGACUACGGCGGCUUCGUUGUUGGCGAAGCGGAAGGCGAGGCGAGACUCCUGGGCAAAAGUAAGGGAAUAGUAGCUGGUGUUCCCUUUGUCAACGAAGUAUUUGCCCAGCUGGGCUGCACCGUGGAAUGGAAUGUCAAGGAGGGAGAUCGGAUUGAGCCUGUCACUAUCUGUGCCAUUGUCCGGGGGCCCAUGAGAAAGCUCCUCCUGGGCGAACGAGUGGCUUUGAAUAUCCUAGCGCGAUGCUCUGGAAUUGCGACGAAAACAUCAGCUCUCCUUACCAUCCUCCGUGACCAGGGAUGGAACGGUAUAUUGGCAGGCACCCGCAAGACAACACCGGGUUUCCGUAUUGUCGAGAAAUAUGGUAUUCUAGUUGGUGGUGCCGAUCCUCACCGUCACGAUCUAAGUUCCAUGACGAUGCUCAAGGAUAACCAUGUCUGGGCAUGCCACAACAAGACGAAAGCCAACACGGAGGCCUCGGAGUCCGAAACCCCAAAUGGUGAUGUACUCGCCAUCGCGAAAGCCAUCCCAGCCGCGGUCCAAGCUGCUCGCGCAACCGCUGGUUUUUCUACCAUGGUCGAAGUAGAAUGCCGCAGCGUCGAGGAAGCACACGCUGCCAUUGGUGCAGGUGCAAAUGUUAUCAUGCUGGAUAACUUUACUGGGGACGGAGUGCGGGCUGCGGCAAAGCAGCUGAAAGAUGAGUGGGAGAUGAAAGGGAAGCCAUGGGGAAGUUUCCUAGUGGAGGUUAGUGGAGGGUUGAACGAAACGAAUGCUGCAAACUUCGUGUGUGAUGACGUGGAUAUCCUGUCAACAAGUAGUAUUCACCAGGGAGUUGGGAUCAUCGAUUUCUCAUUGAAGGUAUCCCUGAGAUAG